CCACCUUCUCAGGAUGCAACACGAGGUGGAGCCCCUCUGCUCCUCCACCAUGGGCAACCCCAGCAUGCACAGGGAGGCAGGAGCACUUCUUGUGGACCUAGAGACCCUAGAGGAGACGCAGGCUCGGAGCCUGGGCAGACCUGUCAAAUCCUCGAAGCAGUAUCUGCGCCAGGUCAUUGCAGAAUACGAGGCGCUGGACCGAGAGCUCCCGUGCAUCCGCAAGUUCCCCAUGCCACCUGCUGCCCAGCCCCUCUGUCUGUGCAUGGAGACCUCACCCGAAGAGGACCUUACCCACCUGGAGGUGCUGGAGGCGCUGGAGGCCGAGUUACCCGGGGCCAUGGAGAGCGGGCGUGUGAGGAGCAUCCGCUUUGAGAACGUGAACGUCAUCUGUGGGACUGCUGGGCGCCGGGACCGGUGGCUCAUCACGGUCACGGACUUCCAGACUCGCUCGCGCCUACUGCGCUCGGGGCUCCGCCUCCGCGGGCUCCACCACCUUCUCGUGCGCAACGACGAACUGCUGCUGGGCGAUUACCGCCUGCACCUGCGCCGCUCCCUGGUCCGACGGCGCAUGCUCGAGGCUCUGGGGGCGGAGCCGACCGAGGAAGUCUGACGUUUUGGGGGCGGGCCCCGGCUGCGCCUGCGCACCGCCCAGCGGGCUCGGGCGACCCACCCGGAAUCCCGAAGGAAAGGGGCGUUGCCUUCCCAGGAAGGAGGCGGGGUCGGCUCGAGGGGGUGGAUACUGUGAGUUUAAUUAUAAAGAAUGACCUGGUA